UGCUGCCACUUCUCUUUGCUCAGUUCAAAUGGGUGAAGCCACGCCCACUCGCCCGCCUGGGUGCAGAGUGAGGAAGUGAAACUUAACGGAGCGAAGUUCUCCGCACAAACAUGGCGGAGCCCCGUGUCCCUGUCAGCUUCCUCCACCUCUGCUGCCCGGUGUGCGCCAGGCUGCUGCGGGACCCCGCGACUCUCCCCUGCGGACACAGCUUCUGCUCGCGGUGCAUCCGGACGCGCUGGGACCGCGACGGCAGGAACAACUGCCCCUGCAGCUGCCCCGAGUGCGGUCACAUCUUCCCCUCCGCGCCUCCGCUGGUCUUGAACAGAACUCUGGCGGAGCUGGUGAGGGACACGGAUCACGACGGCGAGGAGCGGAGGAGGCUGCGGCGUCCGGCGGAGUCCGAGUCGGAGGCCGAGUCGGAGGCCCCGCCCGUCCCGAAGAGAGGCCGGCGGAGCGGCGCCCACCCCGGGUCGCCAGGGGGAGGACUGUGCCGGAGACACGAACUGCCCCUGGUGGUCUACUGCUGCACCGACGAGGAGGUCAUGUGUGCGCUCUGCGCCUCGCAGGAGCACGGAGGACACCGGAUUGGGUGCGUUGGGGAGGAACGGAGGAGGAAGCAGGAGGAGCUGACGAACGUAAGGACAAAAUCUAAACAGAUUCUCCUAAAACAGAAAAAGAAACGGAGUAACCUGCAGAACGUCCUCGAGCAGAUUCAGGAGGAGGCCAGACAAACAGUGGACCACUGUGAAAUGGUGCUGGUCAGUGUCAUGGACUCCAUCCAGAGACAUUACCUGUCUGUGAAGAAGCUGAUCGGAGCCCAGGAGAAGGCAGCAGUGGCUCAGGUCCACGUCUUCAUCCAGACCCUGGAGACAAAGAUGCAGGAGAUGAGGAAGCGGGAUGCUGAGCUGGAUCAACUAGCGCAGGUGGACAGCAAUGUCCAUUUCCUGCAGAAGUGGCCGUCACUGCAGCGUCUCUGUGACGAAGACCACAUCCACUCUCUGCUUGAGGUUUCAGAGGAUCCACUACUCCCCUUCGAGUUCACAAAGAGAGCUGUCGAACAGCUCGGGAGGCAGCUGGAGGACUUUUGCAACAAAGAAUUUGCCUCCAUUUCUGACACGGGUGACAGUGUGGAGCAACAGGAGUCAGUUGGAGAGACGGAGGAGGUUGACACGCAGCAAGAAGGUGAAGCCAGUAUCUCACAAUCCCAGGUUUCCUCUGCAAGCGACGUCAGUCUGACGGAACACAACGAGGAGCCUACGACCAGAGCAGAGUUCCUGCGUUAUGCAUGUGAACUUACCCUGGACCACACCACCGCUCACGAGGACCUGGUUGUGUCUGUGGGAGACAGAGAGGUGAAGCUGAGCUCUCAGAUACUCAGGAGCCCAUUUUCACAUAAUUGUCACCCAGAGAGGUUCAUCCACCGGCGGCAGCUGCUGUGCCGGGAAGGACUGCAGGCCGAGCGCUGCUACUACGAGAUAGAGGUGGAAGGAAACAAGGCUGAGAUCGCCCUUGCCUACAAAGGAAUGGACAGAAGGUCCCGCACUAGACUGUCAGCUUUUGGGGGCAACGCAAAUUCCUGGAGUCUCGACCGAUCCAAGGGCUACUCCGUGAGCCACAAUUGUGACAGUGUGCAGCUCUCAGCGUGCCCCCGUCAUCAGACGAUCGGGGUUUAUGUGAAGUUCAAAGAAGGGACUGUGUCAUUCUACGAGGUGUCCGACAGUAUGAUCUUUCUUUACAAGGCUGAAGCCAAAUUCACGGAGCCACUGUAUCCGGGCUUCUGGCUCGGGGAGAAAUGUUGCAUUAGGAUCUGUGAUUUGAGGCAGGACAGACAAUGACCACUUCAGAGGUUCCUAGACUCCGACAUCGGAGUCUGAAAGUGCUUUAUUCUGAAAGGGUCGUGGCUCAGUUUCCUCCCGUGUAAGAAAAUAAUAUUCCAAUGACUCAUGACUGAAAUAUGUUACUUUAUAAUGUAUUCACUUUGUUUACGCCUAUGUGCCCUUGGUCACUUUGAUGAUAUUGCCUGUUGGGACUCAUGUAGCUGGAGAGUGUGAAGUUGUCAUGUCGAGUGAAACCAGCUCAACGAACAGCUGGCUUGACAGUUUGAUAUAUCUAGUUGUGUUUGGGCAAAUCACAAACCCUGUGUGUUCUAGUUCUGUCUUUUGGGAGGUUGUAUAGCUGAAGUGAAAUUUUAUUUUCAUUAUAUUUUCCGAUAUAUUCAUGGAGACUUUGUCUAAGGUUUGUUUGAUAUGUUUGAAACUUGUUAGUGUUUUGUGUGUUUAUUUUAUACUCUUCAUUUGUAAUCUUUGUUUUUUUAGGCUCAGUAACAAGCUGUUUUAAUGCUGUAAUAAUAUUUUAUUAUAUACACAUACUUUGUAUACCAUGACAGAAUAAUGACUCAGUUUUGAAGCAGAAGAAAAAAAUCCAUAAAUCCAAACAAUA